CGUGCUGAAACCUAGAGGGAUGGAGACAGACCCUGCCUUGGAGACAUGCACUGAGAGCAGAGCAGAGACAGGGGGAGAGAGAACGAAGACCAGAGAGGGACUUACCAGGAGCCCCAGCCCCCUGUCCCCCAAUAGGUCUACAGCUGCUCACACCCCUACAACACUCAUCUCUACUCCCCCUCAGCUUAAUUCCUCCUGCCCUCCUAAACUCACCCCCGCCCCCACUCCCUCUACUAGUACGCGCACCCUCACCCCUACUUUCACACCCUUUUCCUCCUCUACACCCACACGCAAUCCCCCUAAACUGACCCCCACCCCCUCAUCUCCCCCUACAAUCACCCGUAAAACCCUCCCCACCCUCACCCCUACGGUACUCAACCCCCCCCCAACAUUUACACCUACUUCCCCCUCACUUAAUCCCAACCCCCUCACCUCUAAAAUGCUCACCCCCAAACCUACUCCCCCUAUACUCACACCCUCUCUACCUACACUCAAGCAUUCCUCGUUUCCCUCCCCUACUAAACUCACUCACAAACCUGCCCCCCUCCCCCUCACUCCUCCUACCCUCACCCCUACUCCCCCUCUGCUCACCCCCUCUCCCUCCCCUACCUCCCCCACUGUAUCUGCCAUCCCUUCUCUGCCCCCCUCUGCAACCCAUGGCAAAAUGUCCUUUGCUCCUGGUACUUCCUUCUCCCUGACCAAUGGCAAUGCAAGGCCAGCCACCACGCCCACCUCUCCACCAAUCACGCCUUUCCAUACCCCAGCCAGCAGACAGGUAACUGACCACAUAGAAAAUAAAUAAAAAAGCAGCACACUAUGUAACCAGCCACACACACACUCACAUACUCACAUAGGCACACAGCAAUUGACUACACAGGCAACCACGUCCUGUCCUGGAUCAAUUGGUUUACAUUCCUUUAACCUAGAGUACAGUAUUCAAAAUACCCCCCAAAAACUACUCUCUCUCUUUCCGUCCCUCUCGCCCCUGGGUACGCCCCCCGGUAGCCAAGCAUGUUGGUAUCAGCAGCAGUCAGAGCCAUCUCGCCUGUCACGAGCCCGAGGUUAUCACCAGCACCUUUGCUCCUGGGUCUGAAAGUCCUGUUCCAGCCUUGCAGUCCACUGUUCCGCCGAGACCGCUGCACAGGGCCCCAGAUUGUAACAACACACACACCAAAACUUCUCUCAGCCCUAUUUCUACCAACUUCAAACUCCUGAAGCUUUCUUGAGACAACAUUUUUUCUCUCUCUCUCUUCUUCUCUCUCUUCUUCUCCUCUCUCUUCUCUUCUCUCUCUCUCUCUCUCUCUCUCUCUCUCUUCUCUCUUCUCUCUCUCUCUCUCUUCUCUCUCUCCUCUUCUCUCUCUCUCUCUCUCUCUCUCUCUCUCUCUCUCUCUCUCUCUGUCUGUAUCUCUCUCAUUCUUAGCUGAUUUUCACCUCUACAGUACGGCCUGUCCCUUCCUCUUCUUCCUCUUCCUCUCACCCUGCCUCCGCUCAGGUGAGCAGUUCAGCAGGUGUGUGUUAGGUGUGUGAGAGACCACUCUACUGUAGAUUGUGAUUGUCUCACAAGUUUAACUACACUCCCUCUCCCUCUCAACCCCCACUCUCUCUGUCUUUCUUUUCCUCCUCACCCUCUCUCCUUCCCUCCCUCCCCUUUAGCUCCAGAGUCUAACCCUGCUCCCCUCUGCUCCCGGCACUCUCACAAUCCCCCCUUCUUUACGUCUCAAACCUCCCUCUUCCUCCUCCUCCUCCCUCUCUCCCAUCUCUCGCCCCCUUACACCCCUCUUCCCCCCUCUCCGCCCGUGCCCCCAGCCCAGUGCCGUGGCAACUGACAGACAGACCCCACCCACCCGGCACCUCUCAGUCCGGCCUCCAAGUGAGUCAUAAACAUGUGAUAAUGAGUAGAAUGUUCAGGAGGAAUGUGAUUUAUAGUGUGUCCAAUAAAACCAUUCAAUCGCUCUCUCUUUUUCCACUUCUCUCCAGCUCUCUACACUUCUGUGCGUUCUGUCCCUCUGAGACCUAGACUUCAUUCUCCAAAUGGCCACAGAGUGGUGCCCCCGAGACACAGCCCCGCCCUCCGAUCAUUCGCUGCUGCCGCUGCCUGUCAGGCCCUAUCCAGCAGACAGUGUACUGGACCAGCCAGCAGUCUGUCAUCUCAAACCCCUGCCCACACAGUCCACCCCUGGCCAAUCGCAGCUCAGCUCAGGCUCUAGGCCCCUCCCCUUGGAUUCUACUUCCUGUUUUGAUCGGUUGCCGCCGGCAUCAAGGCAGCUGCAAAUUAUAGCCCUCUCUGCUGGCUCCACCAGCCGCCUCAGCAGCCAAACAUGGCCUGCAGCCAACACACACACCCCAGCUUCUGUCCAAUCAAAGUGUCUGGUUCUUGAGUCCCCAACUCCUCAGCUCGAUGCCAAACCACAGAGGACUUCUGACCACGCCUCUCCCCCUCCCACCUCCUCCAUCCACAAAGCCAACUCACCCCUACUAUACCCCCAUUAUCAGGCCAGAAACAUUCAGCCAAAAGGAGAAGUGGGUAGACCGGGGGUAAGGGAGGCGAGAGAGAAGGGUGGGGGGAGAGGAAGAAAAGAUGGGGGAAAUUGAAGAGGGGCAGAGGGAUAAAGAGAGGGUGGGAGGAGAGAGACAGGUGACAGGAGAGGAAAAGGGGAUUGUGGAGAAGAGAGGGGAGAGGGUGGGAGAGAAGGGACUGCUGACAGGAGAGGAGAAAGGAGGGACUGGAGGAGAGGAAAAAUGGAUGGAGAGAGUUAAACAAUAUGAGAGACUGAGAGAGAUGACAGGGAUAGAGGAGGAGGGGGGAGGUAAGGAUGAAGAUGGAGGCAGAGGAGCAGAGAGAGAGGAUGGAGGUAGAGGAGGAGGUGUGGGGACAGAAAGAUGCGAUGAAAGGAGAGAAGGAGGAGGGGACUACCAUUGACCAGGCCAGUCCGAUAGACCCUCACCCCAAUGCAGACCCGGCUACUCAGAAUCACAUACCCCUUGAUGCCCCCUCACACACACCUCAUAACCCCACCACUCAGAACGACACACCCCCUCCCUCAGGUUCCCCCAUAGACCUCCAGAGACCAUCAGACCGUCCCAUAGAGCGACCCCCAGACCUCCCCCACAAGGACCUCUGUGAGAACAUGUCCACUCAGUCUGACAACCACUCAGGUACCAGGGUCUCUCUCCUGUCCUAUCACACACACCAUUUCCUUUAGCCUUGGCCUAUUAAGGAACUCUAAACUAACUUUUGAAACACUAAUCUAACGAGUGUUGUGAACUCUUCCUCCUCUCUCUCCCCUCCUCCCAUCUUCCCACCUCUCUCCUCCUCCUCCCUCUUCCUCCCCCAGUCUUGUCCAGUCUCUCCUCUCAGUCUCCCCCUGCCUCACCCUGCCUCACCCCUCCAUCUGACUUCCCCCCUCCUCUCCUGCCUGUUAGCCCCUCCCACUCAGAGACCCUCAGCCUAUCACAGAUCCGCCCUGAGACCCUCAGCAUAUCAGAGCGCGAGCCUUGGACACAGAGGGUGUGGCCAGAGGGUGGGAGGCGUGUCUUAACUCACCUGGUGGAGGGCUUCGUCAUACAGGAGGGUCUGCAGGCGUUCCCGGUAAACACAUACACACACACAUUUUAGAGUAAAAUACAUCUUCCUACACGGGACAUAGCUGGUGUCUAGUUGGUGUCAUAUAAUUAUACAUCAACAGUAUAUAUAACCUGUGUGUGUGCGCGCGCGUGUGUAUGUACCUGUGCAGGUGAACCGCUCGUCUCUGUUGUUGGGAGGGCAGGAGGGUGUCUCCCAGAAUGGGAACACAAAGGGGGCAGAGUUAUUACCGUUGACGGACACACCAGAGCCACCAGAACAUUCUGGUGAAUCAGAACGAGCGGGCGUGGCUACAGAUGACCCGCUGACAGGUAAGCCACCUUAAUCUCCUGGUUCUGAAUCAAUAUUCAAUUCAAUUCUCUCUCUCUGAAUCCAAACUUCACUAGGUCCCAGAGAGAGACAGAAGGGGGUGUUACAGUGUGAAUCUUGUGGGAAGAGAGGCCAUGCCCACUCCUUCCACCGCUCCAAAAGAUACUGCUCCACUUCCUGUGCCCGCAGGUGAGUCACACUCCCAUAAGCCGAAUAAAGAAACAAGACAGUGACAGAUGAAGUAUUCUCUCUCUUGCAUAGUCUAUUUACUAAAGGUGUACAGUACACACAUUCAUAAACACACAAAAACACACCCUCACAAACAGGAUGUGGUCAGGUGUUGGUGUUCAGACAGGAUGUGAGAUGUGAGAAAAUUGUAACACCAUAGUGCUCAGAGAAACGACACAUCAUCUCUCUCGCUCUCUCUCUCUCUCUCUAGACUUAAUGUAGGGAUGUCUAAGCGUCUGCGUGCUCUGAGUGCUGGCAGCCAACCAGAGGGGCGAAGCUCUGAGAUAAACAAGGUGGAGUCUGUUCCUGGGAAGCCCCUCCUAUUGCGACUGGUCAGUUACAACUCAGACAUUGCUGCAACUUUUAACAAAUAGGUCACUCACUCCACAGUGAUACAGGUUUGAUGCUUUAUAACAUGUUAUAACCAUUUAUAAGCCUUUAUAAUUCAAACCCAGCUGUUCACACAUGUUCCAUCUCCUGUAACAUUAUCUAUUUUAGCCCCGCGAAAUAUGGAGUGCCCAUCGCCAUGACUACGAAGGGAAAGAAGGGCAUGCUGUUCCCAUAACGACCAGGCUGGAGCGCCGAGCGGCACGGAUGGCAAGGAGGGCAUCAGAGCCAGCGAUGACCCCUAGUAACCUCACCGUGACCUCUACUGAACCCACACCUGCACAGUGGAGUAUAGAGCAAGUCUGGGACUUUAUACACACACUGCCAGGUAAAACACAUAUACAUAAGGACACACAUUCACUCAUCUCCCUGCUGUAGGUUGUUGGCAGGUUAUAACCUGUGUGUGUGUUUUUAGGUUGUGGGGAGGUUAUAACCUGUGUGUGUGUUUUUAGGUUGUGGGGAGGUUAUAACCUGUGUGUGUGUUUUUAGGUUGUGGGGAGGUUAUAACCUGUGUGUGUGUUGUUUUUAGGUUGUGGGGAGGUUAUAACCUCUGCAUGUGUUUUAAGGUUGUGUGGAGGUUAUAACCUGUGUGUGUAUGUUGUCUUUAGGUUGUGUAGAGGUUGCGGAGGCGUUCCGUGUUCAGGAGAUAGACGGCCAGGCCCUGCUGCUGCUCACUGAGGACCACCUGGUGUCCAGCAUGAACAUCAAACUGGGACCAGCGCUCAAGAUCUGUGCCCACAUCAACACACUCCGACACACAUAGAGAGGGAGAGAUGAGAGACGGAGGUGAGGUGGGAGGGUGGGGGGAGGAGAAUAUAGAGAGAGGGAAAAAGGGAGAGGGGUGGGAGGGGUUGAAAAAGAGAGGGAAAAUAGUGAUUGAUAGAUGAGGGCAUGGGGGGGACAGAGAAGAAGAGCGGAAAAACAAGAGAUUAAUUAAAGAGAUUAUCAGCUGAGAGCAAUCAAUGAGAGAGGACAUUUUUUUUGUUAUAUUCUGUUGUGUCUAUUUAAAUAUUUUACAAUGCAGUCUAUUGGGUGUAAAUCUUUAACAUUUUCAUGGAGGAUUGUAAUAUACAGUAUGUAUUUGUCUGGUUGGUUAUUAUUUUAUAAUGUGGUGUCACAUGUAAACUGUAAAAUCUGUUUUGAUUUUACACAGUUGAUACACAGA